GUUGCACUGAUUCGUACACAUGGCUGAUGUAGAGGUGGUAGUCCUGUUCUUUGCCAAAAGUCGUGAUUUGGCUGGUCAAAAGACGGCCAAAAUCCUGGUUAAAAGUCCUGCCAAUCUUCAACAGCUGGUCAGUACUAUUGUGGGUCAAUUUCCCAGUUUACAGGUGAUAGCUGACAAUUUGGUAGUGUCUGUCAACGAAGACUACCUACUGGCUGGACAGGAAGUACACCUGAAUGCUGGGGAUGAGGUUGCAGUGAUCCCACCGAUCAGUGGAGGGUAGACAGCGUGUCGGACAAGCUCCAUAAACAUAGAUGGAUCAUGUAGAGGUGACAGAGGACAGGAUCAGUACAGACCACACCACCAGUCUUGUAUCCUCCCCCACAUGUGGCGCCAUCUCUGUCUUCAUCGGAUUGACCCCAGUCCAUAUAUAUAUAUUUACCCCAAACCUUGUCUACUAUUUAUACAGGGUUGUACCAGUAGAGGAGGCUAGCAUUGUGAUCGCAGUGUCUUCCCCACACAGAAAAGAAAGUCUAGAGGCAGUCGGUUAUGCCAUCGACACUGUCAAGGCAGUUGUACCUAUAUGGAAAAAGGAAAUCUAUGCUGACGAGAGUUCAGCCUGGAAGGAGAACAAAGAGUGCAUAUGGACUUCUUGACGUCAGACUUGUUGUAGUUGACUAGCAUGUCUAUUUAGGUCCAAAUCAAUACAGUGAAACCUGCUAUUACCAAACCCCAUGUUACAUUUUGUAACUUAUUAGUCCCCUGGUUGGUACUGCCAGACCAUUUACACUUCAUCUGUCUGUCCACGAGUAACUUUGUCAUAUCUCAAAUAUAUAAUCAGCAAAAAAAAUCAAAUAUUGUAUGCGAGUAUACCUCGCGGAAUGGUAGAGUGUUCUGUGCUAAAACUGUGUCUUGUACUCACUAUAUACAGUUAAAGCCGUUUUGUUCAAUGUGUAUAACUUUGUUUAGGGCAUACAAUUGCCAAACUUUGUAUUAACUCAUUGACCACUGAAAUUUCACAAUGAACUAUUCCAACCUUUGAAUUGAAAGGGUUCAAAUGUGUCUUCAGGGGUGAAUGAUAUGUAGAGUUGUGUCCCUUCGUUCACUGUAUGUCAUUCUGUCUGGGGCAUUACCAAAAUUUGUAUGUGAAAGAUUACAAGACAUACCCGUAGUAUUAUUUACCAUGCUAUUUCACAGCUGAUAUUACACAUUGUGUGGAUGAAAGUUAUAGUUCAACAUUAUAUAUUAGUCAUAUUGUAAUUGGUUUGUGGUUUUGUAACUAUGUUUACAUGAAUUUGGUAUUGGGGAAAUUAUAGAAUUUGUACAAUGGAUUUUUUGGCCACCUGAACCAAAGGACAGCUGAGCUAUUUCAAUCAGUUGCUGUCUGUCAUCAGUCUGUAAUUUUUUUCUUUGAAUGUCUUCUUCUCAAGAACCACUGGGCCAAUUACAACAAAAUUUGGCAAAAAGUAUUACAAGGUGAUGUUGAUUCAGAUAUCUAUACACACGGCCACUAGCGGCAGCUUUGCAAUACAUUGUGCAAUAAAUUAAAGUUUAAAAGCUUAAACAAACUCACAUGAAGAACCAAAUGGCCUAGUGUUAAUAAAUGACAUUUAGACAGUGACUUGGUAGUAUAAAGUACCAAAACGUUUGAAAUAGUUUGUUUUGAUUGGUUUAUAGGGUUUAACAUCCUUUUGACAACUAAGGUCAUACAUAUAUGCAAGACCACACACUUGUGUUUUUCUAACGAAUCAGAAAGCACUCAAUCAUUCUGCGGACAAAUAUAUUCCGCACGAGUGAAUAUUUACGUCCGCACAAUAAAUGAGUGCUUUCUGAUUCGUUAGAAAAACACAAGUGUGUGGUCUUGCUUUUAUCACAUACCAUCCGUAUUUGGUAAAGAUCGAUACAAACAUUUUAUAAACUUCGAUAUUUUUUGCAAAUAUCGGGAACUUUUAAGUUUACCAUGAUAAGGGGAUUCCCAUAAAAAGUAGUUCCGUCUAGUAGGUAAAUACAACAUUCCGUAUUGCACUUGUACAAUACAGAAUGUUGCACUUCAUGGUCUGAAAAUUGCUUGUAUUACUAUAACAAGAUUCAACAGGUAUGUGAUAAAAGGCGUGCCUCCAUGUGUGUAAUGUACAUUGAAUGUAUAUGUGUGCUGGAGGUGAUAGGUUGGUAUGUUUUCCUAUUUGUGACGGGGCAGAGUAGUGCUAUCCCUCUGAAAUACCACAUUAUAGACGCCCAGCACUCCACCUGGUCAUAUUAUUCUACACCAGGUUAACCAGUUGUUGCGUUUACUCCAAAUUCAAAGUCACAGAGGUCGAGUUUGUUGAAAUGCUCAGAUGACUUAUUUCUAAAGAACCAAAAUUCCUUCUGUCAUGAUAUCUGACCAGUAACUUUCUUAAGUGUGGUUUUGGGGAGUUUGGUAAAAAGAAAAACACUCAACAGGUUAGCGGCUUCAGACCCGGCCCCUUGGCUUCUUGUAUGAACUUCUGUAAGCUUAGUACGUUUUUGGU